UGCUUCAUCAAUACAUGACAGAAGCUGCUGAAAGGCUAUGCUUAAUGUGCACAAAUGUGUGUGUAUAGUUUACAAGACAUGCAGCAUAUGUCAACAGUGGAGCUGCGGAGGCGUGUGGUGGGAUUAGGCAUCGACGCAAGCACCGCAUCCCAUUUACACAAACUGUAGCUCUGAGCGCGCGCACACUGCGAGUCCAGCAGAGAGAGAGAGAGAGAGAGAACAGGAGACAGCAUGGCAUCUCUGGGGCUCAAGGCGAUUGUCGGAGAAAAGAUUAUGAAUGAUGUCAUUAAGAAGGUGAAGAAGAAGGGAGAAUGGAAGGCAUUGGUGGUGGACAAGCUCAGCAUGAGAAUGGUCUCAUCAUGCUGUAAAAUGACAGAUAUUAUGUCUGAGGGAAUCACAAUUGUUGAAGAUAUAAUCAAGCGGCGUGAGCCUCUUCCUACCAUGGAAGCCAUAUAUCUCAUUACUCCAUCUGAUGAGUCAGUUGAGGGACUCAUCAAUGACUUCAGAGACCCCCGUAAUGCCAUAUACAGAGGGGCACACGUGUUCUUCACAGACACAAUCCCAGACACUUUGUUCAACUUGAUAAGUAAAUCCCGUGCCUCUAAAUCCAUAAAGACACUGACUGAGAUUCACAUCGCCUUCCUGCCCUAUGAAUCACAGGUGUUCUCAGUGGACAGACACGAUGCCUUCCAGGAUAUCUACAGCCCGUUUAAAGCUGAUGUAAAGAACCAGGUGUUGGAACGUUUAGCCGAGCAAAUAGCCACCUUGUGCGCCACACUGAAAGAGUACCCAGCUGUUAGAUACAGAGGAGAGUACAAAGACAAUGCAGUCCUGGCCCAGAUGCUUCAGGAUAAACUGGACGGUUACAAAGCAGAUGACCCCACUUUGGGAGAGGGACCCGAUAAAGCACGUUCCCAGCUAUUGAUUCUGGAUCGGGGUUUUGACCCUGUCUCGCCACUUCUACACGAGCUCACAUUUCAGGCCAUGGCCUUUGACCUGCUGCCCAUUGAGAAUGAUGUCUACACGUAUGAGACCAGUGGAAUGGGUGACACUCGUAUGAAGGAGGUGCUGUUGGAUGAAGAUGAUGACCUGUGGAUGACUCUGAGACAUAAACACAUAGCAGAGGUGUCCACGGCUGUGACUAAAUCACUUAAGGACUUCUCUGCCAGCAAAAAGAUGAACACAGGAGAGAAGACCACCAUGAAAGAGCUCUCCCAAAUGCUUAAAAAGAUGCCACAGUACCAGAAAGAGUUAAGCAAGUAUUCAACUCACCUGCACUUAGCAGAAGACUGUAUGAAGCAUUACCAGGGCUCAGUGGACAAACUGUGCCGUGUUGAGCAGGACCUAGCGAUGGGCACAGAUGCAGAGGGUGAGAAGAUCAAAGAUCCCAUGAGAGCCAUCGUACCCAUCCUACUAGACGCCAACGUUACCAUCAUGGACAAAAUCCGAAUCAUCCUGCUCUACAUCUUCCUCAAGAAUGGUGUGUCAGAGGAGAAUCUCUGUAAGCUCCUCCAGCAUGCUCAGAUCCCUCCAGAGGACAGUGACAUUAUCUCUAAUAUGGCACAUAUGGGGGUUCCCAUCAUUUCAGAGCAAGCAACCACGCGUAAAGGGAAGAAAUCUGACCGCAAGGAGAGAAUCAGUGAGCAAACAUACCAGCUCUCCCGAUGGACUCCUUUGGUCAAAGACAUCAUGGAGGAUGCCAUUGAAGACAAGCUCGACCCAAAACAGUACCCUUACAUCUCCACACGCACAGCAUCCUCAAAGACGACCACAGCUACCAGUGCACGUUAUGGAAACUGGCAUAAAAACAAGAGCCCGGGAGAGAUACGCAACGGCCCACGCAUCAUCGUCUUCAUCAUCGGGGGUGUGACCUACAGCGAGAUGCGCUGCGUCUAUGAGGUCACACAGGCCAACGGCAAAUGGGAAGCUCUCAUCGGCUCCACCCACACCAUCACUCCCGUGAAGUACCUAAAGCAUCUGCAGCACCAAGACUUCCUGGACCCCAACGCGGCCCCCGAGGACCAGCUUCCUGCAGAAGAUCAGUGAGGAAGACAAGAAAAAAGAAUGUGGUGACGUCAUUGCCCUGACUCAUUAUUCUAAUGUCAUCAGUGAUAUGUUCCAACUAGACAAGUGUUAAGACUGAAUUUUUCUUAACUUACACACCCAUACAAUAUAUCAGGCAGUCUGCCACCCUUCAGCACUUCCCUUGUCAGCAAUAGGCUAUAGUGACGUAUAUUACAUAAAUAGCCUCUGUUACAUUUAUAAUCACCUUAAUAUUAACCUCAGAUUACAUCAAAGAUCAUUAUCAAAAAUCAAAGUCAUAGUUCAAAUGUUCAUAGGUAGAUAAAAUAAUAAGAGAAGAUUAUUUGAACACAGCAUAGCAAAUUGAGUUUUAGAUUCUAGUUUCCUCUUCUGUAAAGUUAUUUUGAAUUGAAUCAGUAGUUUGACCUGCCAUGCAGUGUCUGCCAAGCAUGAUUGUGUCUGUUGCGUGAUCAAUUUAAUAUCGGAUGUCCCAUUGUGAAUAUCAACUGCUUCAUGUUAUUUUAAUAUUGUGGUUUUGAAAUAAUAGUUGCAGUACUAGUCCUGUAUAUAGACUUUGUUAAUAUAGUAAAGCCUCCCUUGAUGAUAUUCUAUUUUUCUUUUACAUCUCGACUGUUCCUUGUGUAGUAAUGUAGCAUGAAUGCUUUUUAUGUUAUAAUCUGAUAUUUAUGCUAAGAAUACACAAAGCUGUGUAAAUCAUCUAUAUGCCAUGUUCAAAAAUAUAUGUUUAAUGCGUCAGAGGUUAUGAAGUGUGAACUAUUGUCUUGUGCAUAUAGUAAAAUAAACUGGUUAAACAUCUUCUGAUUUUCAUGCCA